UUAAACAAAACAGGACAUUUUUCGUGAGCAAAAACUUGACGUGCAAAGAGAAAUAUACAUUCCAUACUAUAAACCUUUUAUAAACGGUACUUAAUAUUCACGGGGCUAUUUUAUGAAGAAUCAUUGCGUCAGUAGUCGGGCAGUCAUGGGGAUAGAAUCCGGAAUUUCACGAAUCGUCACAGCGUCACUUGUGCUGGUUUCAUUCUUUGAGAAAUGUGAAGGUGGAUGUUAUUACGAAUACAAUGGUUACACGUAUGAAAGAAUUUGCAGAGGCAGUAGUGAGUAUCCCCCUGGCAGUUUGAGGAGCGCUUACGAUGAUCUCGACUUUAAGAGGUCCAGUUUAGAGCACCGUUUUCAUGGUCUCGACUAUAAGAGGUCCAGUUUAGAGCACCGUUUUCAUGGCCCAUAUCUAUCCAUAUUUGGUAUUGCAUAUGGAACCGUGAUCGGGUUUGGUAUUCUGGUUGGUCUGAUAGUUGGUGUAUUUUGUCAUUUGAGACGUCGAACCCGACCAGGAUAUGGAAGUUAUGCCAUCGUUGAAAGCCAUCCAAAUUUAAUAACAGAGAACGUAUACAACACAGUUGCUCCUACAAUUGAACAACCAUCAAUCAACAUACAGUCCACAUCGUCUGGGAUUCCGCUGGUGCCAACUAGUGGCGGAUCAGUCACAAAAGCCGAGGAUACGCAAUCGGAGCGUGACAAACCAUAGAGCGAUGUGUCUAAGUGAUGAUGAGCUGUUAACGGCUGAACCUAUCGUGUUUAGAAAUUUCUUUUGACUUAUUGAAACUGUACUAGAUAGUAUAUCAUCUCUCUUUUUCUCUCUCUCUCUCUAACACUGCCUGUCAUUUUUUUUAUAUUGUCAAUACCAAAAUAAAGUCACCGUAUAAACAUU